AUAUAAACCAUGUUGCUAGGAUUUUCUCUACUAAGGGAGACGCUUCAUCUCCAAAUCAAUUGGCGGUCAUAGCUCAUACAACACAAAAACAGCGUUUGUGUUCGCCGCCGGCUAGUGUGGUAGGCUACCGGAAUUCAGCAGAUUUUAGUCCCAGAUAACGUCGUUUUUGAUCACUUUCCAAAUAUAAACCCCACGUCCUAGCUCACAACAGUUUAGUUACCAACCAAGUGAUUAUAUACCAUUCACUCACUCUCAAUUACUGACGGCGGCGGCUGAUUUUCAGGUAUCCCUGUGUCCAUGGUGAAUCGUGAAGGGCCUUGCGCGUCUGAAGAAACAGGACCCGAAGGGGUCGGGACAGGGCAACCAGAAGCCCGCCACUGCCCUCUUCAAGAAAUCCGAGGGCGAUGCCCCUGCCAGCAAGAGGAAGGCGGCGGCCAAGCCCCCCCCCCCCAUGGCUACCAAAAAGCCAAAGAAGGGGGAUAUCACCGAUAAGGAGCCCCCGAUCGUGAUUGUUGAUGAGCACCCCGCCUCCGGGAUGCAUGUGGAGAAGCCGUCGGGUGGAACGCCGGCUGGGGCAGAGGAGUUGCUGCCUGAGGUCCUCCAUGUUUCUCUUCCGAGGGGUACAUCUCUGGCCAGCGGCGCUGUUGACCCGGGGGCCAUCUUGAGGGGCAUAACCCCCGAGACGGAUAGGGCUGCCCUCGGGGCUUAUAAUGAUGCGGCCCUCGAGGACCACAUUCUCUGCUCCUCCCUCUCUGUAAGUGUUCACUCGGCUAUCUUCCUUUUUUCCUUAGGUCAUUUUGUGUGAUUGCCUUUAACCGUUUUCGUUGUUGAUCUGCAGGCUUGUCUAGCCCUCGGCGAACAGGCCCGGAGGCUUCAAGAAUGGCGCCUCCAUAAAGCGGAGCAGGACGCCAAAAUGAAGGAGUGUAUCCUCAAAAACAAAAAGAGGCAGUGAAGCUGGGGGCCAGGCUAGAAGAGGAGCUUCGGCAAAUGGAGCUAAGAUUGGAGGCUGCAGAAAAGAGCAAGGCUGAUGCUGAGGCCGCUGCUGAGGAGGCCAGGAGAGCUGCCAAAGAGGCCGAGGAUUCCAAGGCGCUAGCCGUCGCCAAGGCUCAGGAGGAGGCCAUUGAUGCCUUCGUCGCUGAGGGUUUGAGAGCCGAGGGACGCAAGGUGUGGGUGUCCUCGGUUGUGGAGGCACGCGUUGAUGAAUGGGCCGAGGGCCCUGGGUGGGAAUGGAUGGCCCGGAAGGGCAGAGAAUAUUAUGAGGCUGGCGAAUUCUUCACCCAGGCCCUCAUCUAUCGGAGGAUGGCCCGGCACCUGAGCAUUGAGCCAAAGGAUUUCGCCCCCUCGGCAUAUGGCCUUCCUCCCCUGCAGCCUGAUGUCCGUGAAUCCCUUCCCGAAGGUGUACAACGGCCCGAUCUUGAGGACACAGAGCUGAAGAAGGAAGCCGAGGACGACGUUGUUGAGGCCGGAGCGGAGGUGUCGUCGAGGCCGGCUGCAGAGGAUGCCCCGGGGAAUGAUGCUGUUGAGGUUGUUGAAUGAUUUUGUGCUUAGACAUUUCUGAACAAACUCUUGUAAUGAACAUCAUUGAUCCUUCGGCUUCGGCCUGUUUGUAACAAUUACAUUUACUCCUUUUUGUGAUGAUUGAUGGAUGAGUGUUAGCCUUCGGGCCUUGUAUAUAUACAUGACUUGUUUGCUUUAA